UAAAAUUUUUGAUAAUGGUAACUUUCAUGCGCAGUUGCCAAAUCUAAAAGACGCCAUAUUUCUUUCUUGUGUGCGUUGGAUCUCACCGAAUUAGGAUGAGUUCCCUCAAAUUACAGAAGAGGCUUGCAGCCUCUGUUAUGCGAUGUGGUAAAAAGAAAGUGUGGUUAGAUCCAAAUGAAAUCAAUGAAAUCGCCAACACUAAUUCCAGACAGAACAUCCGUAAGAUGAUCAAGGAUGGUCUGGUCAUCAAGAAGCCUGUAGCAGUUCAUUCCCGUGCCCGUGUCCGUAAGAACACCGAGGCCCGUAGGAAAGGUCGUCAUUGUGGAUUUGGUAAAAGAAGAGGUACAGCCAAUGCCCGGAUGCCACAGAAAGAACUGUGGGUACAAAGACAAAGGGUGCUCCGUAAGUUGUUGCUCAAAUACAGAACAGCCAAGAAGAUUGACAGGCAUCUGUACCAUGCCUUGUACAUGAAGGCGAAGGGUAAUGUUUUCAAGAACAAACGUGUACUGAUGGAGUACAUCCACAGGAAGAAGGCUGAAAAGGCUAGGACUAAGAUGUUGAGUGACCAGGCUGAAGCCCGUCGUAACAAGGUCAAGGAAGCGCGCAAGCGGCGCGAAGAACGUAUUGCCGCUAAGAAGGAGGAGCUCCUGCAAACCUUCGCGAGGGAAGACGAGGCCGCCGUUACUGCUAAGAAGUAAUUUGUAAUAUAACCAAUUAAAUAUUGGAUCCAAA